AGCUCUCUCUCUAUAUAUAAUAGAGAUAGAGAUGUACGCAACAAAAAAAAACCUCUCCUAACUCGGCGACGCCGUUUCCCUCAGCCCUGUUUCUGACCUAGCCAAAUCGCCGCUGCGCACACCGUCCGCCGUCUCCCGCCGAUCAUCAGUCUUUUUUAAGAUCAAGAGAAAUUCGGAAUGGAGAAUGAUUUCGAAGGUGGCGAAUGGCGUGGUGGUGAAUUCUACUGUCAAAAAACAAGAGAGAAACGACAUCGAUCCAGAGAGGAUGUUCUCUAUGGAGUUUUUGCGGAUUCUGAAGAUGAUGAUGAUGAGUAUUCCCGUAGAAAGCGAAGAAAAGACCGUGAUUUUUCGAAGAAACAUGACUUCACUAAACCGGUGAUUUUUGUUCCUGCUCUAAAUUUCAUGCCUAAUCAAGAUAAUGUUGAUGAGGAUUUGAAAGAAAAAUAUGAGAAUUUUGGUUGUGAUGAAUCUGAUGAGAAUGAUAAUGGUGAUGAUAAUUUUUUGCCUACUGAGUUUGGGAAGAAGAUUAAGGAGGGAGCAAUGAGGAGGGAGAAGGAGAGAUUGGAGGAGAAGAAGAAGAAAGCUGGUCUAGGUCAGGUGGUAUCUGUGGAUUUUGCGGGUUUUGAGAAACAUACAAAAAAAAUUGGAAGUAAGCUGCUGGCGAAGAUGGGUUAUAAAUUUGGUGGUGGUGUUGGGAUCAAUCAGCAGGGUAUAGUGAAUCCUAUUGAGGUUAUGAAACCUUCUAUUUUGAAUGGAUUGAAUGAAUCGAAGAAGAAUACAACGCCGUUGCCUACUUUGCAGACGGAAAAGAAGGAUGCACCGGUAGGAGAUGUGCAGCCUACAGUUGGAAUAUCGAGAGAACGUUCGGGGUUAAAGCAGUGGAAGAAGAAUAAGAAAAAAGAAGAGUAUGUAACUGCUGAAGAUUUCUUGGCCAGCAAGCAAGAAGAUUCAGAGGUUGUUCUGAAAAUUUAUGAUAUGCGGGGCCCGCAGGUACGAGUGUAUACAAAUUUGUCUGAUUUGAAUGCUGAGGAGAAAGCAAAGGAAGAGGACGUCCCCAUGCCUGAGCUUCAGCAUAACGUAGCACUAAUAGUUCGGUUGGCUGAGGCUGACAUCCAAGAGAUAGAUAGUGAUUUGAGGAAAGAGAGGGAUAUAGCACUUAGCUUGAAAAAAGAAAACGAGAACUUGGAAGCUGAGGCAUUGUUUCAAAAGAAUCAGUUGGAUAAGUAUGAGAAAAUAAUGAAUGUGCUGGACCGAAUUGGAGAAGAGAACAGAGAAGAGAACACCUUAGGAACAUUAACAUUGGACUCGCUUGCUCAAUGCUUUAGAGACAUGCACAAAAGAUAUCCUGAGGACUAUAAGUUGUGUAACUUGUCAUGCAUUGCUUGUUCAUAUGCUCUACCUUUGUUUAUCAGAGUGUUCCAAGGAUGGGAUCCUCUUCGAAAUCCUUCUCAUGGUUUGGAGUUGAUGUCACAGUGGAAGGAAUUGCUUCAAGGUGAUGAUUGUUUUGAUAUUUGGGACACUUCGUCACCUUAUACUUACUUGGUUUCAGAGGUUGUAUUACCAGCUGUUAGAAUAUCUGGUAUCAAUACCUGGCAUGCACGGGAUCCUGAGCCGAUGCUAAGGUUUUUGGAGUCAUGGGAAAAAUUACUUCCUUCUUCAGUUCUUGCUACUAUAUUAGACACCAUAGUCAUGCCAAAACUAUCAAGUGCAGUUGGUACUUGGGAACCACGUCAUGAGACCAUUCCUAUCCACACAUGGGUGCAUCCGUGGCUACCUUUGCUAGGGCACAAAUUGGAGGGUAUCUACCAGAUGAUUCGUUUCAAAUUGAGUACUGUUCUUGAUGCGUGGCAGUGGCAUCCGAGUGAUGGUUCUGUAUAUGCCAUAUUGUCCCCUUGGAAGACUGUAUUUGAUUCUGAUAGUUGGCAACAACUUAUGCACCGUUUUAUUGUACCAAAGCUGAAGGCUGUAUUUGUAUCUGAUGACUUUCAAGUGAACCUGGCAAGUCAGAAACUUGAUCAGUUAUAUUGGGUAAUGAACUGGGCUUCAGUUAUCCCAGUUCAUCUGAUGGUUGACACGAUGGAUAUCUUCUUUACCAAGUGGCUUACAGUUUUGUAUCGUUGGUUGUGCUCAAAUCCUAACUUUAAUGAAGUUUUGAGAUGGUUUUUGGGCUGGAAAGAACUUAUUCCAAAAGAACUUUUGGCAAAUGAACUUAUCCGAUGCAAGCUCAAUUGCGGUCUUGUUAUGAUGAACCAGGCUGCUGAAGGCAUGGAGGUUGUGCAACCUGGUUUUAAGGAGGAGAUUAGCUAUUAUAUCAGGGUAAGUGAGCAGAGGAAAUUUGAGACUCAUCAGAAAGCAGCAGCCUAUAUCAGUGCAGAUGGUGCGAAUGAAAUGAGCGUGAAAGAAAUCAUUGAAGCCUAUGCUCGGGAUCAUGGUUUACUGUUCAAACUUAAACCUGGUAGAAUGCAUAAUGGGCAUCAAAUAUAUGGGUUUGGCAAUGUCAGCAUAAUAAUUGAUUCUCUAAAUCAAAAGGUCUAUGCCCAAAAUGAGGAGAGAUGGUCUUUAGAAACUCUUGGGCGAUUGCUAGAGUUACAUAAUAGAUCUCUUAGUAAAAGACGCUGAAUUUCUGUGUUGGUUAUGUGAAGUAACAUCUCAAUUCUCAGGUACUCUAUUUCUUUAGAGUUUUUGUAUGAGUUAUUUUCUCUUGAUUUGUUGGCUAAGGAUAUUGUAGUUUUCGUAUGUUUUGUCUCAAUAUCCAAAACAUUGUGAAAUUAUAUUCAGAUAAUACACUCCAUAAUAAUUAAAUCCUUCAAAGUAAUGAUAGUAA